AUGACUGGAGAUAAAGUGAAUGCACCCGAGAUUGAGAAGUUUGACGGCACUGAUUUUGGAUACUGGAAGAUGCAGAUUGAGGAUUAUCUCUAUGGGAAGAGGCUCCAUCUUCCACUAUUGGGAAAGAAGCCGGAGAGCAUGACUGAUGCUGAGUGGACCCUAUUAGAUCGACAGGUUCUAGGUCUUGUUCAGCUGACUUUGUCUAGAAUAGUGGCACACAAUGUCAGUAAGGAGAGAACCACAGUGGAUCUCAUGGAAACUUUGUCAGGAAUGUAUGAAAAACCGUCGGCGAACAAUAAGGUGCACUUGAUGAAGAAAUUGUUCAAUCUAGAGAUGUCUGAAGGGAAAUACAAGAGUGCAAAAAGGCAGGCUUGA